AUGCUGGUGACCUAUUUGGAAGCCAGCCGGGACCUUUGCGAGACGGAUUCAAUUCUUUUUGGCGCCGCACUAGCAGUAUGCCGUAUUAUUGGCGCCAAACUUCCCGUGGCUGGACGUGCUACUCAAAAAAGUAGCGCCAUCCUAGCCUGGAGAAAAAGAAUUGAGGACCGUAUCGCAGAGGCAAGGGCCCUUAUCGGCAGACUGACAAGCUUCAGGUCGGGUAAUAAUAGACCGAGGAUUAUGCGCACCGUUAGUAUGGCGUUUGCUGGGACAAAUAUCAAUUUGUUCCAGCCGGAUAUCACGCAAAAACUAACGGAGCGCAUAGAUGACCUGAAGCAAAAAAAUCGCUGCUUAGGGGAAGCGGAUUCGACGAUUUAG